AUGGGUGAGGGCGGGUUGCCCCCGGCCUUCCAGCUGCUGCUGCGCGCCUGUGACCAGGGCGACACGGAGACUGCGCGGCGGCUGCUGGAGCCGGGGGCUGCGGAACCCGCGGAGCGCGGCGUGGAGCCCGAGGCGGGCGCGGAGCCGGCGGGGCCCGAGGCGGCUGGGCCCGGGGCGGCGGCCGGAGCGCCGGUGCCCGUGGACUGCUCGGACGAGGCGGGCAACACGGCGCUGCAGUUCGCGGCGGCCGGGGGCCACGAGCCGCUGGUGCGCUUCCUGCUGCGACGCGGCGCCUCGGUCAACAGCCGCAACCACUACGGCUGGAGCGCACUCAUGCAGGCGGCCAGAUUUGGGCACGUGAGCGUGGCACAUCUUCUUUUGGAUCAUGGGGCUGAUGUCAAUGCCCAGAACCGCCUGGGGGCCAGUGUGCUCACCGUGGCCUCUCGGGGUGGACACCUGGGCGUGGUAAAGCUGCUCCUGGAAGCUGGUGCCUUCGUGGACCAUCACAAACCCUCAGGCGAGGGGGACAGCGGGGACGAGCUGCUGGACAUCACGGCCCUGAUGGCUGCCAUCCAGCAUGGACAUGAGGCCGUGGUGCGUCUGCUGAUGGAGUGGGGCGCAGACCCCAACCAUGAGGCCCGGACUGUGGGCUGGAGCCCACUGAUGCUGUCAGCGCUCAUCGGGAAGCUUGGCAUGGCUCAGCAGCUAGUGGAGAAGGGGGCCAACCCCGACCACCUCAGCGUGCUAGAGAAGACUGCCUUCGAGGUGGCACUUGACCGCAAACACAGGGACGUGGCCGACUACCUGGACCCGCUGACCACCGUCAGGCCCAAGACAGAUGAGGAGAAAAGGCGACCUGAUAUUUUCCAUGCAUUAAAAAUGGGAAACUUCCAGCUGGUCAAAGAGAUUGCUGAUGAAGACCCCAACCAUGUGAACCUGGUUAACGGGGAUGGGGCCACCCCACUGAUGCUGGCAGCUGUCAUGGGACAGCUGCCUCUGGUGCAGCUGCUGGUGGAGAGGCAUGCUGACGUGGACAAGCAGGACAGUGCCCACGGCUGGACAGCCCUCAUGCAGGCUACCUACCACGGGAACAAAGAGAUUGUCAAAUAUCUGCUAAACCAAGGAGCUGAUGUUACUCUUCGUGCAAAAAAUGGGUACACAGCCUUUGACCUAGUGAUGCUGCUGAGCGAUCCUGACACGGAACUUGUUCGACUGCUGGCAUCUGUCUGCAUGCAGGUGAAUAAAGACAAAGGCCGGCCCAGCCACCCGCCACCGCUGCCCCACUCGAAGGUCCGACAGCCCUGGAGUGUCCCGGUGCUGCCUGAUGACAAAGGCGGGCUCAAGUCCUGGUGGAACCGAAUGUCCAAUCGGUUUCGGAAGCUUAAGCUGAUGCAGACACUGCCGCGUGGGCUGUCCAGCAACCAGCCAUUGCCUUUCUGUGAUGAGCCAGAGCCAGCACUGGACUCCACAAUGAGGGCGGCACCCCUGGACAAGACCAGCCGCUCUGGGCUCCCCGAUGUGGCCCCUGUGACCAAAGACAAUGGUACUGGGAGCACAAGAGGAGAAAAGGAAGAUGUGUUAUUGACAACCAUGCUUCGAAAUGGAGCCCCCUUCACCAGACUCCCGAGCGACAAGCUGAAGGCAGUCAUCCCCCCUUUCUUGCCCCCUUCCAGCUUUGAGCUGUGGAGCUCGGAUCGGUCCCGGACAUGUCAUAACGGGAAGGCAGACCCCAUGAAGACAGUGCUGCCUCAGAGAGCCGGCAGAGGCCACCCCGCAGGUGGAGGGAGCACGGACAGUACUCUCGUCAGGCCGGUUAAAUUUCCAUCUCUCUCCAGAAGCCCAGCCUCCCCCGCCAAUUCUGGAAACUUCAACCACUCACCUCAUUCCUCUGGUGGCUCCAGUGGGGGAGGAGGCAUGAGCAGGCAUGGUGGGGAGCUGCAUAACCGCUCAGGUGGCAGCAUAGACAGUGUCCUGUCCCAGAUCGCUGCCCAGAGGAAAAAAGCAGCCGGAUUAUCUGAGCAGAAGCCCAGCCAUCGGUCAAGUCCUGUUGGGCCAGCGCCCAGCUCCAGCCCGUCUGAACUCCCGGUCUCCCCGGCAGGCGGCAGUGUUCCUGGCGGCAAGCAGAAACUGGAGACAAGCAAAAGGCCUCCAUCUGGAACCUCCACUACCUCCAAAAGCACCUCCCCCACCCUCACGCCUUCUCCUUCUCCCAAGGGGCACGCGGCCGAGUCCUCCGUGUCCUCUUCCUCAUCCCACCGGCAGUCCAAGAGCAGCGGGGGCUCCAGCAGUGGCACCAUCACUGAUGAGGAUGAACUGACUGGAAUCCUUAAGAAAUUAUCUCUUGAGAAAUAUCAGCCCAUUUUUGAGGAGCAAGAGGUGGAUAUGGAAGCAUUCCUCACACUCACCGACGGUGACUUGAAGGAGCUGGGUAUUAAGACAGAUGGAUCCAGGCAGCAGAUUUUGGCAGCAAUUUCUGAACUGAAUGCAGGCAAGGGACGCGAGAGACAGAUUUUACAGGAAACCAUUCACAAUUUCCACUCUUCCUUCGAGAGUAGCGCCAGCAACACCAGGGCCCCUGGAAACAAUCCCUAUGGGAAACAGGCUCACAGCAGCUGCUUCCUUCGUCUUUUUCACUGGACUGGUGGUUCUGAGUCUUUUCUUCCUGGGAAGUUUGUGGACUGGUUGGCGAGAGAUCCUUGGCACCCUUUCUGGACCAUGGUCACCCACUUCUGGUGGCCCUAUGACGUGACCCGUCAGCAUUUCUCAAAGUAUGUUCCUUGA